CGGUCCUGUGAUGGCUGUUCGCUGCCCGGAGCUCAGAGUUCCUCCGCGGCCCCAGAGCCAUGUUGGUACCGGAGACCGGACAGCAGCACCGGGACUCCGGCCUGAGCCUGUGAGCCGAACCGAGCCGCGCUAAAGACUCCUGGACCGGUUCGUGGACGGUAACGAGCAGCGGCGGCGGCGGGAGUUCCGAUCCGGUAGACGGCGGCCUGCAGGCGGCGGAGAGGGGAGCGGAGAGCCGGGGAUGGUCCCGGUGGUCCGGUCCGAACCGUGAAGCAAUCCAGAGAUCACCUGGAGGCUCAGGACAGUUCGUCGGAUCGCAGCAGCAGCCAUGGAGGCCUCACAGGACCUCAGCGAGCAGAUGGUGAAGAAAUGUCUCAGUGAAUCUCAUGUUCCAGAAUCUGCAGACGCCAGGUCUAUGGACAUGCAGGACCUAACCAGUCCUCAGAACCGGGUCGGAGAGUCGACAGGCUCCAAACUGGAGAAGAGCCUGGACAGCCCGUCCAUCACCACCAAUGGAACCGGAGGUGAGAGCAUGACUGUUCUAAACACGGCUGAUUGGCUGCUGGGCUGCAGCAGCCCGCCCCCUGGCGCCGCCUCCAAGGACUAUGUGAAAACAGAGCCGAUGAACAGCAGCGAAACCGUGACGACGACGGGCGACACGGCGCUGGACACGUACGCAGGUUCAGUCAUCACCAGCAGUGGUUACAGCCCUCGAUCAUCCCAUCAGUACUCUCCUCCUCUCUACCCUUCAAAGCCUUACCCCCACAUCCUGUCCACGCCGGCUGCCCCUCCGAUGCCGUCCUAUGCCGGUCAGCCUCAGUUCAGCAGCAUGCAGCAGUCCACCGUCUACACGGCGUAUUCUCAGAGCGGACAGGCAUACGGACUGUCCACCUACGACCUGGGUGUGAUGCUUCCUGGUAUUAAAACUGAAGGAGGACUGACCCAGAGUCAGUCUCCUCUCCAGACUGGACUGAGCUACAGUCCUGGAUUCACCACACCUCAACCUGGACAGACGGCCUACUCACCCUAUCAGAUGCCAGGUUCCAGUUUCACUCCGUCUUCAGGCCUCUACGCCUCCAACAACUCAGUGUCCAACCCCGCCAACUACACCGCCACACAGCAGGACUAUCCUUCCUACACCACGUUCGGCCAAAACCAGUACGCCCAGUAUUACUCCGCCUCCACCUACGGAACCUACAUGACCUCCAACAGCGUGGACGGAACCGGUUCCACGGCCGCCUACCAGCUGCAGGACCCGAGCCCCGCCAUGACCGGACAGGCCGCCGAGCUGCACCCAGGAGACUUUGACACGGUACAGAGUCCGUCCACACCCAUCAAGGAGCUGGAGGACCGAGCCUGCAGGGGUGGAGGCUCCAAGUCCAGGGGCCGGGGCCGCAAGAACAACCCGUCCCCUCCACCAGACAGCGACCUGGAGAGAGUGUUUGUGUGGGAUCUGGAUGAAACCAUCAUCGUCUUCCAUUCUCUGCUCACUGGUUCCUACGCUCAGAAGUAUGGGAAGGACCCUCCCAUGGCGGUGACGCUGGGCCUGAGGAUGGAGGAGAUGAUCUUCAACCUGGCCGACACGCAUUUAUUCUUCAACGACCUGGAGGAAUGUGAUCAGGUCCAUAUUGAUGAUGUGUCAUCAGACGACAACGGCCAGGACUUAAGUACUUACAGUUUUGCGACUGAUGGCUUCCAUGAAGCUGCGACCAGCGCCAACCUCUGCCUGGCCACGGGGGUCCGAGGAGGGGUGGACUGGAUGAGGAAACUGGCCUUCCGCUAUCGACGGGUCAAAGAGCUGUACAGCUCCUACAAGAACAACGUGGGCGGUCUGCUGGGUCCGGCUAAGAGGGACGCCUGGCUGCAGCUCAGAGCAGAAGUAGAAGCUCUGACCGACUCCUGGCUCACCCACGCUCUGAAGUCCCUGUCCAUCAUCAGCUCCAGGAGUAACUGUGUCAAUGUGUUGGUGACGACGACGCAGCUCAUCCCAGCUCUAGCUAAGGUUCUCCUGUACAGUCUGGGUUCCGUGUUUCCCAUCGAGAACAUCUACAGCGCAACAAAAAUAGGCAAAGAAAGCUGUUUUGAGCGUAUAGUCUCCCGCUUUGGCACUAACAUUACGUAUGUUGUGGUGGGCGAUGGGAAGGAUGAAGAGCAUGCGGCCGGACAGCACAACAUGCCGUUCUGGAGGAUAUCCAGCCACUCGGACCUGCUGGCGCUGCACCAGGCCCUGGAGUUCGAGUACCUGUAACCGUGGUAACCGUGGUAACCGUGACGACAGCAGGACUCGGGGAACGGAGCUUUUUUCUACGACUAUUUAAGAACAAACUGCAGCUUUCUGUCUGUUUUCUGUCUUUUUUUUUCUGAAUGUCUGGAUUUACAAACUCUGAACGGUCUUAAAGAGGACGUCCUGGUCCUGGUCCUGGAGUUCUGACUCCCAAAAGACUCGGAGGACUUGGCUGAACUCAGAGGAUUCGACUGAUGGACUCAUAAGACUCAGCUGAAUUCUGAAGACUCAUCUGAUGAACUUGGAGGACUCGUCUGGACACUGAGGAGUCGUCUGAAGAACUCUGAGGACUUGGAGUACUCGUCUGAACUGGUCCUGCUGGUCCGUCUCUGUAUGGAGCUCCUCCUGUAUCUGGGCUGGUGUUUCUUCCUGCUGGACUCUGAGGACUUUGAUGAACUCUGAAGACUUUGAACUCUGAGGACUGGUCUGGACUUGGACUGGUCUGAAGCUCCUCCUGUAUCUGGACUGGUGUUUCUUCCUCUGAACUUUGUGUAAAUUAUUUCCUGACGGACGGUGGAGGAAGCUUUAGGAGGACGUUGUUGUUUUUGUUAAUUUGAGGUUUUUCUAUUUGGUUUUCUCUAAGGAGCAGGUGGAGGAUGGAGAUGUGACGUGUUGUGCCUUAAUGUGUUUGAAUGUUUUUCUUUAAUCUGUCUGUAGAUAUAAAGGAGGAAUCCAACACCA